AUGGGUCACUACGGUAAACAUAUAAUCGAUCCUGAAACAGGUUUAUGUGAAAUAUGUGAUAAAGAUGCUAUCUAUGAUAUUCGUCACGGGAAAGCGCCACCAAAACAACUCUACUAUUCAAAGCACGACGAUGGGCUUACAUAUCGUUCGAAUAGAGAUGAACCACCUAAUGAUGAAGAUCAAUCUAGCUAUGAAAUGGAUGAUGAACGCACACCACGUCAUGCUCGAAGAAUAGUUCGACCUGCACCAACAGCUCGACCACGUCGAGUUGUCUAUGAUGAGCCAAGAGAACAACCAAUUGUUAUUCGAAGAAAAGUAAUUCGGCGUGCUCCUCCGCCAUCAUCACCACCAUCAGAAGAAGAUGUUAUUCAUCGUUCACUGCCUCGUUCAAAACCCUAUUAUUAUGUUGAUAGAGAAGGUCAAAUGGUUCCUCAAGAUUAUUCUCCACCACCAGAACCUCCUCGGCGUUAUAUUGUGCAAAGUAUGAAUCCACCACCAGGACGUACAGUACGUGUUGCACGUCGACGUGCUCAUACUCCAUCACCGCCUAUAAAUGAGACAAAACGUUCGGGGCCAAAACGUCAAAUCAAUUCUGAUACGGAGAUUGUCGAUCGUCAACAAAGAAUCAGACAUAAUGAUAGAAAUCAGUCUCCGCCGUCGUCACCACUAAAAAAUCCAGAAAUGUAUCAUAUUGUAGGAAAACCUACUAAUGAUCAUCAUUUUAAAUUAGAUUCUCCAAUUCCAAUGUCACAAGAAGGUAUUACUCCACCGCCUAAAGUAAUUCGUCAUGCUGAUGAAAAUAGACGACCUCAGAGACAUGAGUCUGUGCCACGAAAAAUUUACGAUGAACCUACACCGCGAAGAAAUCUUAAUGCACCUAUGCGCCAAAAAAAUCCUUACGAGCCGUUUCAACGCAGAAGUAAUGUAGAACCAAUGCCAAAAAGAAAUCAUGUGGAGCUUUCACCACGAAAACCUAUCAUGGAAUCGGAACCAAAUGGUGUGCAGAGAGUUUAUAGGAAACCUCCACCAGGUAAAUCAAUACCGUACGAUGAUGAACAAUAUUCAAAUGAAAAUCUUCCAAGAAUUGUUCGAAAUGAAAGAAAUCGUCCUCCUCCCCAACGACGAUAUGCAUCAACUCCACAAUUAACAAAUAGAACUCCUGAACCAACUAAAAACCCAUCGGUCUAUUAUAUACGAUCAGUUAAUGAACAUUAA